CUAAUCUUUAAUAAUCAAAUUUGGGAACAACAUUUCCUGCAAAAAAAAAAGGAUGUAUUAUUAGAACUACCACGUUCGUUUAAGCUUAGGAGCCGCAGUCAUCCACUCCAAUCAUUAUGGUGUUGUUAUAGUAGCGUUCAUUGGAACUUAUGCAUAGAAUAAAACAGACUUAAAAAAUGAGUUGGAGGACUAUCUUUGUCUCACACAGUCUCGUUAUCGUGAUGGCCAUUUGCUUUUGUGAAGAAACAAUGUCAGGUUGAACGGUAAUUGUUAUAAACAAAUUAAUAUACCUACUCGUAAUAAAAAUUUAAAAAAAAACGUGCCAUUGUUUGCGUCUGUGUGUUCGUCCCGGAAUUUUUUGCUAUAGGGAGCCUAUAUGUUGAAGGCGCACCCCGUGGCCUUCAAAUUUUGUUGUAAGGACAAAUUGCCUGUAGAAUCCAAAAAUGAAAAAAAAAUAAGAGGGUGUAUCUAAAUGUAAAUUGUAUGGACAGGAAAAUACUAUUUGAUCCGUUUUUUACUCAUAAUAUCACCCUCCAAAAUGUCAUGUCAAUUCUGCCAAAGUUACAGAGCUGGUACCGUACAAGGUCUGGUAGAAGAUCUAAAACGUGGUAUGGAAAUAACAAAAAACACUAAUUACCCUUCUGCGGCCAUAACAUCUAGUUGCGAAUUAUUCAGGAGGUUUAUCACAUUAUCCAUUAACGAUAGCAAUACUUUUGCUCAAUGUCAGAAUGUUAUGUUGGACAGAGGAAACUUGUUCUUAAAUAAAUUAAAUGCAUCUAGGGAUAAAAUCAAGAAGCUGGCUUCGCAAUUCAUUAUUGAUGGCUGUAGAAUUUUAACACAUUCAAGGUCCAGAGUUGUGCUCCAUACUUUAAUAGAAGCAGCUCAACAAAAUAAAUACUUUGAGGUAUUCGUUACCAUGUCUGCGCCUGAUGAUAGUGGGGAAAGGAUGUACAACGAUUUGAGAGAGCACAAAAUACAAUGUACUCUGAUAACGGAUGCUGCCAUUGGGUACAUAAUGGAAUCUAUAGAUUUUGUAAUGGUGGGUGCUGAAGCAGUUGUUGAAAGUGGAGGUAUUGUGAACAAGAUUGGCAGUUAUACAAUGGCACUGUCUGCAAAGGCUAUGAACAAGCCGUUUUAUGUACUAACAGAAAGUGUAAAGUUCUCUAGGCUAUUUCCAUUAAAUCAAGGUGAUUUACCUGACGAAUAUAAGUAUUUAUCAGUAAAACGUAGCGGUGAUUUAAGCAAAGAACAUCCACUCGUUGAUUAUACUCCUCCUUCUUAUAUUACGCUUUUAUUUACAGAUUUAGGAAUUUUAACACCUUCAGCUGUAAGUGAUGAACUUAUUAGAUUGUAUCUAUGAUUUGUAAAUCAAUAAAUGCUUUUCGUUAUA